AUUCUUUAAAAAAUAUAUAAUAUCCUCUAUUAUAUCAUGAUUGUUACUUAACAAGCUUCCAUACUAAACUGCACCUUUGCUUAAAACAAUAACGUCCCUCCAAAAGGGCAAUUUUUGGGCAACAAUAUAGGCCUAUGCAGCUAUAGUUCAGUUGAGAAAAAAAAGAAGAAGAAAAUGACAUUUUGGGGUCGAAAAUGGUUUGUCUUUUUUAAAUAUGUAUUUUUCUGAUUUUUUCAGCUUGUAGAAGGUAGCACUGUUUCAAUUUGAAAAUUGUAAUUUGUCGCUCGCUUGAUAUAAGGAUUGAUAAGCAAGAUAAGCGCAGUGCAUUUAUUCCCGGAGUGAAUUGGAACCAUUGGAAUUCUUUUUAGAUUGCCUUGUUUUUUCAGCCUAAGAAGAAAAUCUGGUGAUCCAAGAUGGCGACUGCCUCAAGAUUAAUUCAACGACUGCGGAAUUUCUUCGCAGGUAGGGAUCUUCAAGCUCAUCUGAACAACCGUUAUGCUUAUGGACAAUCUCCCAGGACACAACCAGAUCCUGUGCUCCCUGAUGGCCCUUCUCAUCGUCUGUCAGCAAACUACUACUGCUCGAGGGAUGGAAGGAGAGAAUCACAAAGACCAGUCCAUGUCUUCUCUGCCACUCAAAGACUUCCUGCUCCUCAGCCACAAGAAGAAGGAGAGAGCGCUGUUGGACCUGCGCUGAAGAAACCUGUGAUACCUGGCCCUCCUCCUCCUGCUAUGAAAUUAUCAACAGAUGAACCUUAUCUAUGAUAUUACUUCAUGUAUUUUAAAGGGAUGAAAGAAUUGGAAUCCCCUGCAAACUAUGAGAAAAUAAUAUUUCAAAUGGCAAAGAUAUCCUGGCCUGUUGCAGGGCUAAUGCUAGUGGUGUUUCGUAAAAUUUCAGACUAUCACUCUAAUAGGAACUGACUUUCACAGGGCUGUCAAGUCUCACUGAUUUGUCAGGGAGACUCUGUGAAAUUUAACAGAUUUUUUUAGUGAAAAACUGCAGAUUUUUCAACAUCUCCCUGAUUCAUUCAUUGAUUUCUUUCAUUGGAUUGGAAAGCGAGAAAGAUCUCCUUCCUUCUUCAGUAAAUUAUCCCUGCAAGGUUGGCAUCUCUGCUUUCAAAAGAUUAUUCAUAUAUCAGUAUUAGGCUAUAUCCAUUCUCCUAUUAAAAACAGGCUAAGAAUGACAGCAUAUUAGGAAUAUGUGAUACCUUCAUUCUGCCAUGUUUGAGAAACAAGAUGUUUUUGCAGACACACUUUUUGACUCUAUAUGAAGUCUUAGGAGUUUUGAUGCUUUAUAUAAAGGAGCUGUAGCUGUGAAUUUCCUAUCAUUUAUCCCUUCGGCUUGAUAUUCAUUUAUUGAAUUAUUUGUUGCCCAGGCUUACAUUGUAAAUAUAUCAAUAAAAAAUAUGAACUAUUCUAUACCUAAAA